UUUCUUUUAUCAAGUGAAUAAACAUGCCCCCGUCAGGUCCACGCCAGAAGCAAUCCAACGACAAUCCAAAUGUCCGUAACCAAGUAUUUGAAAAUAUCUUUGGGCGGCCUGCACGUGGUCAUCAUCUCGCAACCCAAUCAUCACAACAGCAGUAUGUCAACCCGGCACAACCAAACUACCCACCGACAAUGCCGUAUCAUCCCACGCCUCCACCACAAUCUCAAGUUCCCCCGCCUCCACCACAACCUCAAGUUCCGCCGCAACGACAACCGACAUACCCCAUGUACCGACCUGUUCCUACACGGAGACCGGACCCGUAUGAUGGCGUUGAGUACCUGCCAAACGACAAUGAAGGACGGCGCCGCUCAUCAUUAGCACCUUCAUCGUAUUCUGCCGCUUCUUCUCCAUCCGUGUAUUCGCCGAAUCCUGAACUAUCACCACCUCAACCUACAGUGCGUCUGCCGCCAACAGCGUUUCCUACACCAAUGCCAAGGUUGCCUUCUGGGCCUACUCAAGCUUUCCCAGCUGGUGCGAUGACGCCUGCCCAGGCGUACCAGGCCUCCCAGGGGUACCCGACAUCCAGUGUCGCCUUCCCUAGACCUUCGACUGCUUCUCCUGCUAUUCCAACGCAAGCUACGCAGAAUAUCGGGACACCAUUCGAUCCCUCGUCCUCUGUUACUUCUUUUUCUACUACCAACUCGGCAACCUCUCGAAUCCCCACGAGUACAUCUAUCACUUCGUUUCACAAACCGACUUCGCAGUCACCGUCGUUGGCAGAAACGUCGAAAGAAAGGUCAGCAACGCCGGAUUAUAUUGGGAAAAUGGGCCAAUUGGCGUUUGAAAGUAAUCCCGGGGAAAAUUGGAUGGAGGAUGUGACAGGUAUCAGUGUCAGUCCUGAUGAUGGCCGUAAUCCUGUUCUUCCACCAAAAUCUCUGCAUGGCCAUGGGACGUUGUCAGACAUAGGGCGGGCGUCAAUGCACAAGCGCAUGGCUUCGGAUUCAUCCAUUUUAAGCGGCGAUAAUGCCACAAAGGCGGGCCUUGCAUCGCGCUCGCCGGCUGCUUCACCUACCUACGAUACGGCAUCUUCACCUACUACUCCUACGGUGGACAUGUCCUUCCAUCCCCGAGCAUCUACCGAUUCGACCGUUUCUCUCCCGUUGGCACUCCACACGACCGAAAGUCUGCCACCUGGCGCCAGACGAGGCUACGAGAAUCGAUCGACAUCAUUCUCUGGCUCUUCUCGUGAAAUCAUUCGUCCACUCUCCAACCCCGCUGCUAGACUGAGUAACCCUCAAGCUCAGAGUCAGACACGCGCCCCUCUUCCUUCCUUAUACCCAGCUAUCCUUUCAAUGGUCUCUGCUGCGUUCAAAUCAUACAUCCCUCUUGCCGACCUCACCAAAGAUGGUAUCACGUACAAAGAUUCCUUCUCCGGCCAAGCUGCUGUGACACUGAUCGCAGAGCUCAUCAAGACGUCUGAUCGAAAUUUGGCUCUGCUGCUCGGUCGAAGCCUUGACGCCCAAAAGUUCUUUCAUGAUGUGACAUACGACCACCGAUUGAGGGAUAACCCUAAAGAGGUGUACCGAUUUAAAGACAGGCUCGCUGCACCCUUUACGGACACAAACGGCAAUGGGGAAAGCCCAGUUUCGGAAGGGAGAUUGACGAGGAACGGGAGUGGAGCGUCAAGUACGGCGAUGGGCUUGGGUGGUGGAUUGAAAGCUUUGACAGCUGCAAGGCCUGCAGAUUCUUCCUCUUCAAUGCAUACUGAAUCUACACCAGUAUCUAUGACCCCAUCUCGAUCUUCGACCAUGCCUUUCCUCGACUCCGACUCGCCAGAUGGCUUGGACAGCGAAGAUACUCUCCCAGUGGGUGUAUUCACCCUUCUUACAGACUGUUACUCCCCCACAUGUUCGCGCGACAGUCUUUGUUAUUCUAUCAAUUGUCCCAGAAGACUAGAGCAGAUGAAGAGGCUAAACAUGAAGCCGGAGCCUGGGUUGAAUAGGAAGCUCAGUCGUGAGAGUUUAGUGGAUGUCAAGGAGACUGGCACUCUGUGGAUUCAUUCUGUUUCGCAAGAGAUCUUGGAUAGUGUGGAUGAUAAAGAGAAGAAGAGGCAGGAAGCCAUCAACGAAGUUAUCUACACGGAGAGGGACUUUGUCAGGGAUCUGGAGUAUCUUCGAGAUUCAUGGGUCAAACCGCUACGGACGCAAGAAGUCAUCGAUGCCAAGCGCCGAGACGACUUUGUCCGACAAGUAUUUUGGAAUGUCCACGACGUCCUCUCCGUAAACCAUGUCCUCGCCGAACGUCUCACGAAGCGCCAGAAAAAGGAACCAGUCGUGUCACGUAUUGGCGACAUCUUUCUCGAACGUGUCCCACUCUUCGAACCGUUUGUCACCUAUGGUGCCCAUCAACUUUUCGGCAAGUAUGAAUUCGAGAAGGAAAAAGGCGCGAACCCAGUUUUCCAAAAGUUUGUGGACGAUACAGAAAGAAAACCAGAGUCAAGAAAGUUGGAGUUGAACGGUUACUUGACAAAACCCACUACACGUCUGGGUCGUUAUCCUCUCUUACUGGAAGCUGUCCUCAAAUAUACUCCUGACGAUCAUCCGGAUAAGGAGGAUUUGCCAGAGGUGAUCAAGAUGAUUAGAGGGUUCUUGACGAAAGUGAACGCGGAGAGUGGGAAGAGUGAGAAUAUAUUUGAAUUGGCGCAAAUCGAGCAACAGCUGGUGUUCAGGCCAAAUGAAAGGAUUGAUCUGCGACUGCGAGACAAGAAUCGGCAGUUAGUGCACAAGGGUCCGUUGAAGAGAAGAGGUGGCAAUCGAGAAGAGAUUGCAGAUUUACUGGGCUUUUUAUUUGACCAUGCGUUUUUGCUUGUCAAGCCCAAAUGGGUAAACAAGAGUGAGCAGUACAAGGUUUAUCGCCGACCAAUUCCUCUCGAGUUACUUGUCCUCGUCACUCCAGAUGAACAAUACAACUCUGGCAAAUUGUCAUAUGGCCAUGGGCGUUCCCGACUCAUCACACGUCACCCCAACUCAAAAACCAACCACUCUUCCCAGAAUAACUCUAUAACAGCCCCUCCGAAGCCAGAAUCAAAACACGGUUUUUCGAUUACGAUCCUUCACCUCGGCAAAAAAGGCUAUUCGAUGCAGCUAUGGGUUGACACUCAUAUUGGGAGGAAAAAGUGGUUGGAGAAUAUAGAUAAGCAACAAGGGUUGUUGAGGGAGAAGAGUACGGUUUUCGUUAGCGAAACUAUCACUGAAGGAAUUUUGAGCGGUGUGAGGAAAGUGAACUGUUCUAGUCCUUAUGAUCAAGGGAAUAGGAUGAUCUUCGGUACAGAUGAAGGUGUUUACUUCGCCAACUUGCGCGAUGAAAAGCUCCGCGAACCAGUAAAAGUCAUUAACCUUAUCGACGUCACUCAAGUCGAUGUUAUCGAAGAGUUCCAACUCCUCAUUGUCCUUCACGAGAGAUGUGUCACUACCUUCCCACUUGACAGUCUUGACCCUUCCGAUCCCAAUGCCGCUCUCAAGCGAGGGAAACGCAUUUCAUCGCACACAAGCUUUAUCAAAUCGGGUGUAUGCCUCGGCAAGACUUUGGUUGCGAUCGUCAAGAGCUCAACGUUGAGCAGUACAAUUAAAGUGAUGGAACCUGUGGAUCUGAGUCAAAAUCGGAAAAAGACACAAGCGGGGUUUAUGAAAAGGCUCAAUGGCAAAGACGACGCAUUGAAGCUUUUCAAGGAAUUCUAUAUUCCUACGGAAUCCAGCUCUGUCCAUUUCCUGAAGACGAAGCUCUGUGUCGGCUGCACCAAGGGGUUCGAGAUUGUCGACCUAGAGACACUUGAUAUGCAGGGUUUGCUCGAUCCGUCAGAUGGAUCGCUGGACUUUGUGUUAAAGAGGGAUAACGUCAGACCGAUUGCAAUUUACAGAAUCGAAGAGGAUUUCUUGCUGUGCUACGACGAAUUUGCGUUCUAUGUAAACAAGAACGGAUGGCGGUCAAGGCCUAAAUGGGCGAUUGUUUGGGAGGGCAUUCCCACAUCUUUUGCAUUGCAAUAUCCAUAUGUCAUUGCGUUUGAACCGACGUUCAUUGAAGUGCAUCACGUUGAAACUGGCCAUCUGGUCCAGAUCAUCCCUGGGAACAAUAUCCAAUGCCUCUUCGCCGACACUCCUCCUUCACGAGUCAAUGCCCCUUUACCACCGAAUCGCAUGAUGUACGCUCCGCCCACUCUCGGGACUCCCCCUUAUGCCCGUCCUCCCAAUAUGCCAGGGUAUCCUGCUUAUCCCAACGUAUCUUAUCCUGGUCAUCCCCAACAACCUCGACAAACCUCUAACGGCGCAUAUCCUCCUCACCGCAUAAAUCAAGCACCUAGUGCCGGAGUACGUCACCCUCAGCAAACGCCAAUGGGCUACGGUAUGCCUGCACCCCACCCGCCACCCCUUAUGAACCGAUUCGCAAGGCCUCAGGUUGUUUUCGUCAGCGAUGACAGCCAUGUUCAGUUCCUCAAAUUCCCACCUGCUUCUCAUUCUCAUCCUCAAAGGCCUGUCAUGACGCACUACCAGACUGCACCUGCCGGGCACUCAGCCAGAUCCUCUCGGUAACCCUUAUUAAUUUAACGCCUUUUAUAAACACUUAGCAUACGAUACAGCAUCUUGAUAGGCGAUAGUUCGCCUUCAUUACUUUGAUUUGAUUUGAAAUUUUACAUAUUGAGCAUCGGGUGGACGUGACUGACAUCACUAUCGAAGGAUGGAAAAGGAGAAUGUCAUUACCGUGUACGAGGCUGUUUUGUCAACCCUCUGGGCCUUUUCCUUCACUUGUCUCAUUCCUCUGUUUUUGUAGCAUCAUUUAUCCUUGGUCGUUAGUGGUGAUACAUUCCACAUAGUAUACGAUUGGUACGAUUCCCCAUGCAUAAAGCUCAUCAAAAC